GGCGGUGAGGAAAGUAGGCGGAGAGCAUUUCCAAGACAGGUUCGCCCUCUCCACCGCGACAAGGACACGCCGAUCGGCAGCGCGUCUCCUUCCUCCACGCCUGAGCAACGUGCACGAUGUGCCGGCGGGUGUUCAUAUGCUUCCUGGUGUGCGGCGUUGUAGCUGCGGUGCUGAUUGGCUUCUUCAACCAGGGCCCCGAUCCGUUUAAGGUCAAUAAGACGGGCUACUGGGGGACCGCCAGCGUAAAGAAUGUGCGCGCCGCCCCGGAGGACAACCCGGUGAUCUUUAAGUUCUCGGUCCACGCCCCUGAAGAAGCACUGCUGGACCUAAAGCGCCGGCUGGCGUCAUCGAAGCUUGCCGAGCCCCUUCAGGAGAGCCGCUUCGAGUACGGCUUCAACGCGCAUGAACUUCGCCGAGUCGUUGACCACUGGAAGGAUCGGUUCGACUGGCGUCAGCAGGAGCGCCUACUCAACGCCUAUGAGCACUACCAUACCACCAUAGAAGGCAUUCGCGUGCAUUUUAUGUACGCCAGGCCAAAGGCUGACGCGAAGACCAAAGUGUACACACUGCUGAUGAUCCACGGAUGGCCGGGAUCUGUGGUCGAGUUCCUGAAAAUCGCCAAAGAACUGGCGACUCCAAAGCAGGGGGUCGCAUUCGAAGUCAUCUGCCCCUCCAUUCCAGGAUACGGAUUCUCCGAAGCGCCGCACAAGAAAGGUUUCAAUAGUUUGGAGGCAGCGCGUGUGUUCGUGAAGCUGAUGGACCGUCUCGGACGGAAGAGAUUCUACGUACAAGGAGGAGACUGGGGCGCAAUGAUUGCCAAGCUCAUGUCUACGUACUACUCUGACAGAGUGCUCGGGGCACACAUGAACAUGAUGGAUGUGGAGUUCAACCCGCUGAUGGCACUCAAGAUGCUGGUCGGCUCCUUCUAUCCCUCCGUGGUGCUGGCCGACGGAGAGCGGCAAGUGGCUGCUUAUGCGCUGCCCCUGUGGCCAAAGCUGAAGUACCUGCUGCGAGAAAGUGGAUACAUGCACCUGCACGCCACAAAGCCUGACACCAUCGGUCUGGCUCUGCUCAACUCUCCGGCUGGUCUGGCAGCCUACAUCCUCGAGAAGUUCUCCACCUGGACAGUCGGUGCGAACGUGGACCGAGAAGACGGGGGCCUCACUGACAAAUACACCUACGAUGAACUGCUGGCCAACGUGAUGCUGUACUGGCUUACCGACAGCAUUGGGUCGAGCGCGCGCUUCUACAAGGAAAACUUCGCCGGUGGCAUGACCCGGCCCACUAGGGUGCCCGUCACUGUGCCCACGGGAUUUUCAGUGUUCCCUGAAGAUCUCUUGGCGCUGCCAAAGUCGUUCAUCGGUCACGUGUACCACGAUGUUGUCACCUUCGAGCAGCACCCGAGCGGCGGCCACUUCGCCGCCUUCGAGAAGCCAGAUCUGCUCGAGAAAGACGUGCGUCAGUUUGUGGCCGCAGUAGAGGCUCGCAAUGCCUCGGCUCCCGGAUCUUGGGCCGCCUUCCCCUUUGUCGAUGCGGGACCUCAGCUGUACCGCGCCACGGUGACCUUCGGGCCGAGCAGGCCCGCCGGAGGCCAACGCUUCGAGCCAGUCGAGCAGCCAAAAACCGUGCCGCCCCCGAGCCCGCCACCGAUCAGUCGAGAGCCGGAGGCGAAGCCAGCUUCCAAGCCCGUCGAGAGCAGGCAGUAGCAAUCAAGCCAGAAGGAGCCGGAAGCCAAGGCACGGAACAACUCCGAAGCCGUCCGAACAACAAAAGAAAGCGACCCCAGCUCCUCCUGCAGCCAAGCCGAGUUCCCGUGCGCCUCCUGCAGCGCAGCAACCCAUACCUACGCCGUCAGUUGGACAGAAGAGUGCUAACACAAGGCCUCCAGCGGCAGAAAAAAAGCCGUAAAGCACGUUAUGAGCGGCGCUCUUGGCUGUCUAGCCGAUAAGACGUUCGACUUGCUUCAGUUUGAUAUACGUGUUUUAAUCUGUCA